UGCAGGAGUCACCCUGUGCCAUGAGACUCGCUAGUUUAAUUAAACCGCUGCUGUUGCGCUUAAAUAAAAACAGAUGCCGCCUUUCUGCACAACAAUAUGCAACAAGUGUUGCGAACGAGGAAUACGCACUUGAUACCAAAGAGUUUAUAGAUUUUAAGAAACAAUUGCGACAACAAAACGUAUACAACAAGGAUGGACACACGUGCCUGCAACUUGAAUGCCGGCUGUGCGAACGUUUGCCGGCUGCAGCAACAACAACAACAGCAACGCGUUCAUCGCAUUUACCAAUUGCUUACAUAAACAAAAGAACUGGUGCCUUUAUUUGCCCUAGUUGCGAUGUGAAGGCAACUCUCUCGCAGGCUCUGGCAGCCUAUCAGACACCGCCGGCCGCUGGAUAUCAGCGAGCACCAAUGAAUAAAUCACUCUACAAAUCACGUUACCCCAAUCUCGUGAGCGUCACAACGGAGGCUUGCGAAGCGCUCGGACUGAAGGGCUUAAAGGAAGCGCAACUGAACGCCAUUGGUGCCCAGUAUGAGUCCGAACAGCAUCUGUUGCACUUUGCGCUGCGCAAUGCGACACAAACGGUGGUCGGCGAGAAGGUGCUGAACCUCAGUGAUCGCAGCGAGCUCACAUUCCAGGGCAGUGUAAGUUCUGGCCUGCUCAUUCACGGCGCCGCCAACAAGAGCAAAGCUGUGCUUGUGAGCAAUCUGCUCGAUUUCAUAGUGCUGGCCACGCAGAACAUUGAAACCCAUUGCAUCGUCUGCUUGCCGUAUGCGUUGCAAGUGUUGCCGCAGGAGUGUCUGCCUGGGCUGGAGCGUUUCAAGGAGCUGGUCUUCUGGCUGCACUAUGAUGCCACCCACAGUUGGGAUGCGGCACGCGCAUUCGCUCAGAAAAUGGAUGAGAAGCGCUGCCUGCUGAUACGACCCACGGAAACGGAGCCGGCACCGCAUGUGGCACUCCGACGUCGCCUCAACAUGCGCCACAUAUUGGCCAAGGCGACGCCGGUGCGCCACAAGGCGAUAACCACAUUCAAUGCCCUGCGCAACGAUAUACUCAGUGAGCUGCAGAACAUCGAGAAGGUGAAUGGCGUCAAAUGGAAACGUUUUCCGGUGCUCAACAAGCUGCUCAAGGGUCAUCGCAAAGGUGAGCUGACCAUAUUGACGGGUCCAACGGGCAGCGGUAAGACGACGUUCACUAGCGAAUACUCGCUGGAUCUGGCCAUGCAAGGGGUUAACACACUGUGGGGCUCCUUUGAGAUACGCAACACGCGACUGGCGGCGACCCUAUUGCGUCAAUUUGUUGGCUAUCCCCUGGAUGAUAAACUGCAUGAAUUUGAGCAUUGGGCCAGCGAGUUUGAGCGAUUACCACUGUACUUUAUGACCUUUCAUGGGCAGCAGCCACUCAAGCCGGUGCUGGAGGCCAUUGAGCACGCUCAGUACGUCCACGAUAUAUCCCACGUGAUUAUUGACAAUUUACAGUUUAUGAUGGGCGUUUCAUCCUAUCGUGGCGAUAAGUUUUGGGAACAGGACUCGAUUAUAGCGGCGUUUCGAGCCUUUGCCAGCAAGCAUAAUGUGCACGUCACACUGGUUAUGCAUCCGCGCAAGGAACGACAGGAGGAUGAGUUGACGACGAGUUCAGUAUUUGGCACAGCCAAGGCCACCCAAGAGGCGGACAACGUGCUCAUCAUACAGGAUAAACGGCUGACAGCGGUGCGUGGCAAGAAGUAUCUGCAAGUUGCGAAGAAUCGCUACAGCGGCGACCUGGGCAUCAUGCCCUUGGAGUUUGAUAAGGAUGCUCUCAGCUACUCCAGCUCAGUGCAGAGUGCCAAGCGGCGACGGGAAAAAGCAUCACCAACAGCAGACAGCAGCUGACAUCGAUUCUAAUGUAAUGUUUAAAUAAUUUAACUUAGUUUAAGCGUUGAACUAUUUGUAAAUGCUUAUUAUCAAGUACCAUCUUAAUGUCUAUCCUAAUAUUUAUCGACAAAAUUUUUUACAUCCACAAAGGGCGAAGGUCUUUAUAAUAACCAAGACAAACAAUGUGUUUCUGUAUAUAAACCAGGUCAUAUCUUAGUCGUGUCCUUGAUAGUCUUUGGUUCUUAAAUUAACUCGUUAACCUUGAAUGCAGUUCGAUUGAGGAAGUCAUUGCCAUUCUAACACAUCGUGUCCUUAAAAUAUCUAAGGAUUUGGCCG